CCCGCAGUCGCCUUGACGACCGCAGACGCUGUGGCUGCUCUGAGGUGCUGGCUGAAGCCCCGCAGAGGACGACGCUGGAGCCAAGGGCAUGAGGAACUGGUGUCUGUGUCAGAUUUGCACCUGCGGGUCAGAUUAUCGUCCUUAUGAAGUAAUCAAACAGACUCGCCACAUACCAGAAGAAUAUAAACCCAAACAGGGGGAAAUUGAUCUUGGUACUACCUACAAGCGAGAUUUUAAUCCUUUCAAAGUACAGCCUGUGGUAAAAAUCCGGCCUGUGGAAAGACAACAAGUUAAAAAAGGAAAGUUGGACACUGUCCCAACUUAUAAAGAUGAUUAUAGAUCUUGGGAUAUUCAGAAAUGUGAACUGUGUAAACCAGAGCAAGUUUACCAUCCCCCAGAUGUGAAAUUCGGAAACUCAACUACAUUUCAGGAUGACUAUGUUCCCCAGGAGAUAAAGCCUAGGCAAAGCUUUAAGCCCUGCUCUGUGGUCAAGUGUUCUGUAGGAUCCUUUAAUGGUGAGACAAGUCAUCGUCGGGAUUUUGUACCUCACCAACUAGAAGUCAAGUUUGAAAGGCCAAAAGAAGUUUAUAAGCCGAAUGACCAGCCUUUUGAGGAUCUCACCACUCACCGGAAUGACUUUCAGGGAUGUGCUGGAGAAACUGCAAAAAUCUGCAGACCUGCUUACACAAGAGUAACCCAAAACACUCAAUUUAAAGGAAGCACUGAAUUCCGUGACAGUUUCCAACCAUGGGAAAUCCCACCACCUAAAGUCAAGAAAGUAGCUGAGUAUGUGCCCCCUCCAGGAAGCAUGCAGUUAGACAGCACCACACAUCUUGACUAUGUUCCCUAUCAGGCCAGCCGUGUUGUUGCCAUCAGACCCAUUUCUCACAGGAGAAAAAGCAAUUUUCCUUUCCAAGGAAAAAGCACCAUGAAGGAAGAUUUUCCAGCAUGGGAAAGUUGUCGUCAAUCACUUAUUAAGCAGCAGCAACAGAUUCCCAACCCAUCUGGAAAAUUUGAUGGCUUGAGCACUUUCAGAUCUCACUUUGUGCCACAUGAAUUGAUUCCAACAGAGAGCUGCAAACCUUUAAAUACUGCUGCUAAGAGUUCGGUUCCACUUGAUGAUGUUACCAUGUAUUCUCUACAGUACACACCAAAGAAACAGGAAAUCUGCCCAGCUAGCUAUCCUUCUCCUCCAGGUUAUAUAUUUGAAAAUACAAAUUCCCAAGGACAUAAAUUCUUUCGCAAGAUAAUUCCUGCAAUGAAGGCCUUUUAGAGUUAGAGAGAGUUCAGUUUUUUAAGAGAAAACCCAAAUUUUAUAGUAAAAAUUAUAAGAGCUAUAACAUAACAUUUUUAGCUUUUUAAACAAGUUAGGACAUAUAGGUCAGAAUUCCCAAAUCCAUUUCAUACUAAUGGUUUGAACCAAGAAUACUCUUUGUUGUUCUUGUGUUUUGUUUUUUUGAAGUAGGGCCUCCCUAGUGUCUCAAGGCUAGUCUGGAACCUGAAGUCUGCCUGUGUCUCCUGAUCCAAGGUUGUUGUUUAAUGGACAACCCUGAAGGCUAAAUGAUGUGCGUGUUCAUCUAUCUACACAUGCUGGUGCAGGGCUUGUCCUCGGUCUUUUAUCACUUACACUUCUUUUUAUAGUCACACAAUUAUACAGCUACUCUGCCAUUUACCAAAUACAUUGGGACUGUCUAGAACAAAAUGUAAGGUUGAGAUAUGGAUAACUAUUCCAAAAAGUCCAGGAUUUACUCAUUCAUUUUAUUCAUUCAUUCAACCUCAACAUAUUUACAUAGACUAGAACAAGUCAAGUUUGGUUGGUGAUGUCAGAGACUACUCCUCUGCUCCUUGCCCUGUUCAACAUAGUAACAUGCAUUGUGAUUUGAAAAGGAAAGGUCCUCUGGGCUGGGAAUCAGAGGACCAGAUUUCAAAUACUAAUAUCAGAUUCUAUUUGUGCCACUGUAAGCAAGCUGCUCACAUACAUACCUCUGUGAUUCGUGUGUAAAAGAAUAUUGGUUCUGUCUACCUCAUAAAAGUUUGUUGUAGUACAUUUGGAUGCAUAAAGUACACAUGUAAAGGGCGAUUAACUACCUCCCAGCUACUUUUUGUACUGUUUUUCCUCUUCAAAUAAUAGUUACAGGAUAGUUACAGACUUAGUAUUCAUUACAUGUUCUACAGCAAAGAUUAUAAAACAACCUUUGAGUUUUGUGUAUUUGUGUAAUGUGUUUUGUAAUGUGUAAUGUGUUUGAGUAAUGUGUAUUUGUGAGAGGCAUCUGCCUACUAUAGUGUCACAAGAACUCUAUAACUUAUGGCAGAAAAUAGAGAACUGAGAUUAAAUACUUUGGUGUGAAUGGCUGUAUUUUCAAAAGGAAAAAUAUUUACUAGAGCAGUCUUAGGGAAAACUUUCAGCUCUGACAAAAUCUUCAGGACAAACUUAGGUACCUAUGCAUCCAGUGUCUACACCCAGUGUCACUGUUCACUAUUAAGAGCCGUAACUACCUUGUUCACCACUGAAAGUGUAAGGAUAAGUGCUAAGAAGGACAGAGAAGAGAUACCAGUGAAGGACAUGGAAAUAGCAUACUACACUUAUAAAUUCUGAAAGUUUCUGGAGAUCUAAGAUAAAGUGAUUAUUUUAAUAUUGAUCAUAUGUGGGAAACAAGAUUGAGUUUAAAAUGUUUAAUGUUUUCAUAGUUUAAGAAUAUGUAGUAUUUUAUUAAGUAUUUCUAAUUCAUUGAAAAUAAUUCCUAAUAUUUGCCUUUAUUAUAAAUACAUAAUAUCUGGAAAAAUGUUUUAUGUGCAAUUAAUAAAAUGGAUUGAU